AUGGCAGAGAAAACCGACGUCAAUGCUAAAUGGGACGCGUGUCUCGAUCUGUCGGUCCGGCGCUUCGUUUACUCUUCCUUGGCCGGUGCCUUUGGCGGUCUUCUCCUCUUCAGAACCCCAGUGUCUCGUUGGGCAUCUGUAGCUUUCGGUGCUGGAGUAGGCAUUGGGUCUUCAUACACGGACUGUUCUCGAAUUUUUGAUGGGUCACCGGCAAAGGUAGUACCUGUUAAGACAACAUCAAGUGCUCCAGAAGAGUUACCACCUCCUAAUACUUUGAGUGCUCCUGCUUCUCAGUCUUCUAUGUAG